UGCUAGAGUACAGUAUGUGAUUGUACGCAACGAUGAAAUCAACAAUUAAGGUGGAAAAACACCGAUUUAAUCGCGUAAUAAAACAUAGAAAAACAAGUCCACUCCGUGUCUUGUUGGGCGCAUGUCAGAGCCGCAGCUUUGCGCGGAUAAACAGCAGCUGUGCGCCGCCGAGCGACAAAAGAACACCAAGGGCAAAGCGGUUUUAAGGAACUAUCUUUUUAAAAAAAGGAAAACGGUCAUUCCUUCAAGCAAAAAGGUGUUAAUGUUGAAAAAUAAACCGCGUAGAGCCGGAGCUGGAGCAACCACCGCGGCUGUGAAGCAGCGUAAACACCACGGACUAAUUUCUUGUUGUUUUCCGCACAGACGUCUCUGUGCUGCUCCGCCGCGGCCUCCAUUUUAGCUUCUUUGCCCGCUCGGUACCUCACGUGUCCUGGACUGUCUUUCUCACAUGACCCGUGUGUUUGUCCCCGUGAUCAGCGCUUCCAUCUCCGUAAAUCAGUGUCGUUGAAUAUCGGCGUCUUCCACCGGGCAGCAGCUUCAUGGAUAUGCUGGAGCAGAGUCUGGACAGUUCGGCGAGUCACGACAAACAGGAAUCAGAGGAGGUGGUGCAGUUACAGGAAGGGGAAGCGGUGGGGGCGGAGGAGCAGUCUGCGGUGACCAUCGCCGGUGUCUCCCAGGCUGCGUUCACUGACCACAAUGUGCAGUACCAGUUUCGCACCGAGAACAAUGGAGGACAGGUGACCUAUCGUGUGGUUCAGGUGACAGACGAUCAGUUAGAGGCUACAGCUGAUGGAAGUGGAGCCGUUAGCGUUGUCUCCACCGCAGCGUUUGCUGGAGCCCCUCAGGCUGUGGCUCAGGCUGUUAUCCAGAACCCCUUCAGUAAUGGGGGCAGCCCUGGCGGGGAGACGGUGGGCGGCGAGACACGUUUUGCUUAUUUUCCCGCCGCCACCGUCAGCGACGGCACAGCCACGGCCGUGUCGGUGCAGGCCACCGCCGACCCGACGAUCACACAGGCAGGAGGUCAGUUUUACGUGAUGAUGAGCCCCCCCGAAGUGCUGCAGACGACGAGCCCUCGCACCAUCGCACCGCGCACGCACACCUACACCGCAGACCUUGGUGAGAGCGAGAUGUUGCAGCAUGGCAGUUCAAACUGGAAGGUGGACGGUCCCCGAGCUCCUAGAGACGAGAGACGAAGAGCGCAGCACAAUGAAGUGGAGAGAAGAAGAAGAGACAAAAUUAACAACUGGAUUGUUACGCUGUCGAAAAUCAUCCCUGACUGCAGCGUCGACAGCAGAACUGGAGCGAGUAAAGGAAGUAUCCUGUACAAAGCCUGCGACUACAUCCGAGAGCUGCGUCAGAGCAACCAGCAGCUGCAGGAGAGCUGCAAGGAGGUGGAGCGAGUCAAGAUGGACAACGAGCUGCUGAGACAACAGAUCGAGGAGCUCAAGAACGAUAACGCGCUGCUUCGAGCUCAGCUGCAGCAACACGGCAUAGAAGUCAACGGAGAUUCAACGCCACAGUGAUGGCGGGCGGACUGGACGAGCGCGGCGACGACACGGAGCCAACGUGUCGCUUCCUCCAGAUCGGCCCGAACCAGCCGCGGAGAGGAGGAACCGCAAAAAAACGAAAAAGACAAUUUCCACCUGAAAAUGGAGCGUGACAAGCUCGCGCGCACAGGGCUCGAGAAGAAACACUGAAGGACUGCAAACUGAAUUAACGCCUCCUCCUCCAGCGGCGCGACGGCUCUGGAAACUGUGUAGCUAAAUGAACCUCACACCUCUGCUUCAAGGAGAACGGUGUCUGCACAACACCCACCACGCUUUCACCAAACUUUUUUUUUUUCUUUUUUAAAUUAUGACCCUGCCACAGAAAAUUUACUGAUUUCACCUUUUAAUCAAACCAUAAACCCCCCCACACCUUAUUUUUUGCUGUUGUAAAAUAAAUGAAAGCUUCCUUCAUUUUUAAUUUAUCAGUCUUUAAGGAAAAAAAAAGAAGCUGGAUUUAUGACGAUGAACAAAAUAACCUUCAAAUCAGAUAAUGCUCAUCACUACCACUGAGGAUAGUUUUUACUGUCACUGGAUUGUGUGUGUGUGUGUAUUAUAUAUAUUUAUAUAUAUACAUGUAUAUAGUAAUAGAGUUGUGUGGAGUUUCUGCCUCAUAAUAAUACUGACACUCCAAGCACUAGGCAGAGCUCACAAACUAAAUCCAAAUCUCCGUAAAUUAAACAUUAACAGUUCCCCGACAGUCGGUGUGUGAGCGCUUGGUUUUUAUUUUUUAGUCCACAGCCUUUAAAAAGGUACAUUGUGUAAGAAUUAGUGACAUCUAGUGGUGAAAAUGCAGAUUAUAAAGGAAUGGUUUGUUUAUCUCUCUCUUUUGGAAGUGUGUCAGGAAACUACGGUGGCCUACCCAAACCAGAAAGGAUGUUCUGAAGUGAUGUGAAGCCAGUUCAGGCACAAAAUGGCGGCCUCUGUAAAGCUAGGCCCUUGCCUAGGAUACGUAAGUGCUUAUUCUAAUGGUGCGUUUCCAUUUGAAGUUGGGAUUUCCGAGUUCCUAGUUGGAAGCUUCAACUGGAAUGCACUCAAGUUGGGUUUCCAACUCGGAAAGUCGUAGCAAUGUUUCGUAACCUGAUAUAGGAUUCUAAGAUGGCUGCCACUCGCAUUAGGAGUAGAAACUCGCUGCUACUUUUGCCGUUAAAUGCACUUCAUAUUUAUUUGUUGAAAUGUUACGCUCUUUGUGUGCAAAAUGUUGUGUAAGCGCAACUUGAGCGGCUAACAGUGGCUAGCAUAAGACAGGUUAGCGUCCAUGUUUUUGUGACAUCACUCCCAUUUCCGACGUACAGUAAAAGUCGCGCACCACACAAGGCUACAAAAAAAACUAUUUUAAAGUGAUUUUGCAGUAAUUCAAACACGAAUAUGUUCAGCAAUUUCUGCCUCCUAAAAGGUUACAUACUGGACCUUUUGUUGGAGGACCUAGGUGGUAUCAAAGCUCAGGUAAUCAGGAUUGUGCACUUGUGGUUCCCAGACUUUAAGUACUUUCAUGCAGAUAGAGUUUAGGUCUUUCGUGUUCCAUAUUUGGUGCAAUGUACAGAUAGAUGAGAUGUGUGGAUCAUUUAUAAAUGGGCAUUAAAAUAUGGUUUGUUGGUGUUGAUGCACUGAAAUGGA